UGCGACUAGUCCUUCGCGGAUUUUUCGAAUUCACCGACCCGUCUGGUCGACUACAUCAGUGGAAAGCAUCAUCAAAGUAGACGUCUUUGUUUGUUUACAACUACCCAGGUCCCGUUGAUUUACUACAAUUUGAGGCAUAUCAGCAGCACAUAUAAUUCAUCGCUAGUCUCUAAUAUGCUCUCGUCAUCUCUUUACGACACAUUAAAAUCAACUGCGGAAAGCUUUGUUCUCGCUUCGUGCUUUAAGGCACCUGCUCAAGGCCCUGACGAGCAAGCAAUACGAGAUCUUUGCAGCAAUACGUACUCUCAAUCAUGGGGACACGAUUAUUUUAUCUCUUCAAGGCCGCAUCUCAACCAAACACUCGAUUUCGAUGGCUUCAUGGCGCACCUGAAGUCAAUGACAUCGAAGUUGGAAUCUGCGGAGGCUAAGAUCACUGAUCUGACCAUCGAUGAAAAGCAGCGCAAGGUGGUCGUCCGCGCAACGUAUCGUCUCCGACCAAAAGGGUGUGAUGAGACAGCAAGUAAUGACCUCGUCUGGAUUCUGAGGCUGACGGAAGACGGAAAGAAGGUGACAAGUGGGAAAGAGUUUAUCGAUGGAGAGGCUGCUAUGAGGCUGGCACAGUUGAUGCGGGCAGCAAGCACUACGACAUAG